CCACUCAACUUCAUUAUCUUAUAUCUUACCUUGGGUUCUCCUAUCAUUUCCACAAAUCAGAGAAAUCUGAGGGACUUUAAAAACCCUCAACUCGAGGGACUUUAACAAACCUCUGAGAAAAAUGUCUGGUGUGGCUAGUCCAUCCAGUGAGAACAAUCACAAGGUAGCAGUCCCCAAAACUAGUACCAAAAAUUUAUACUCUUUGACUCUGCGGCACUAUAUUAUUUUGGCUGUAAUAGUUCUCCUCUCGUUUUCUAGAAUGGUAAGGCCCCAAGAAUUUGCAUUUGUAGUCUUUACUAUCAUCUACAUGUAUUUCCUUUCUAUGGUUGCUUUUCCGGUUAUCCCCAACGUUUCCUAUCCUCCUAUUCUCACAUCUAAACAGCUUAAGUUUAUGGGCUUCUACAUCAUUGUCACUGGCAUUAUUGGCCUUGUUGUCCCCAUAGCCUACGUAACGGAAGGUUUCUUUUUUGGUCAUAAAGAGAGCAUCAAACCAGCUGUGCCUCAUCUUUUUCUUUUGUUAUGUCAAGUAUUCAUGGAAGGAGUGGGGUUUUCGGAUAAGUUUUCACUCCCCAUACGAGUAUAUGUUCCCGUGGUGUAUAAUUCAGUGAGGAUUUCAACCCUCAUAGAGUGGCUGAGAGACGAGUUUUCGAUGGAAUACGGUGGGGGAGAUUUCGCGAGUUCCAGCAGUGCAAUAAGGAUAUAUGCCGGAAGAAGUAUUGUUGUGGCUAAUAUGGUGCUGUGGUGCUUCAAUUUGUUCGGGUUUUUGUUGCCUGUGUGGCUUCCUAAGAUUUUCAAGUUAUACUAUUCGUCACCUGCAGCAUUGCACAAGGUUAAAACUUGAAUACUUGAUAGUGAACCGACAGGGCAACAAGAAGACUCAUUAGCUCUUAUGUGGAGUCUGCUGUAGAAGUGAAUCAAGUUUCGGGUGAUGUUUUUAGAUUAGCAUUAUGUUGGAACUAUGUUGUGAACGACGGAAGUGAGCAUAAGAGAAAUUUCUUUUAUGCUAAUUAAUCAAUUAUUGUAAGAAACUAGCGUUUUACCCGCGCUACACACCGAACAGUUAAUUAUAUAAAAUAAAAUAAAUUUGUAUAUAUAAA